UGUACAUCGUAGGCUCUCCGGUUCUGUACCGCCUUUUUUCUUCGUAUAGAACUGUUCUAUGGAUCUAGGCUACACAACAACAAAAGUAAUUGAUUAUUGAGUGGUUGAAGUGUUAGUAUUUUUAUUUCUUUGUGAAUUAUUGAAAACAGUGUUGUGUGUUAACAAAUUUAACUUGAGAGAUGCCGUCUAAAUUGGAAGAGUGCCAGCGAGACCUGGAGGAGCUGAGGCGGCUGCUGGGGACCGCGGAGCGCCCGCGGGUGAAAGACGUGCUGCUGCUGGAGGCUCGCAGGCUUGAGACGGAGCUCGGAGCGCUGCGCGAGAAGGAGCGCGCCGCCGGCGACGUGGAGAUGAAGCCGGCGACCGCCGCCGCCACAGCCUCCUCCAAGCCCAGGUGCUACGAGGUCAAGCUCAACAACUACGCUUGGAAUCAGUCUGAUAAGUUUGUGAAGAUAUAUGUUUCCUUGAAAAAUGUCCACACCCUUGCCGAGGAAAGUGUCAGCUGUGAGUUCAAUGACAGGUUUAUGCAUCUCUAUGUGAAAGGACUAGACAAUAAAAACUAUUAUCUACCUAUCAACAACUUGCUGGAGGAAAUUGACCCUGAGAAAAGCUACUGGAAGGUCAAGACAGAUAACGUGGUGGUGUUCCUGGCCAAGAAGAAGGUGGGGACGAGCUGGUCGCACAUGACGGGCUCGGAGAAGCGCGCCCAGGACAACAAGAUGCCGAAGCUGGACUCGUCGGAGGACCCCACGGCGGGGCUCAUGGACAUGAUGAAGCACAUGUACGAGACGGGCGACGACGAGAUGAAGAGGACGAUCGCCAAGGCGUGGACGGAGAGCCGCGAGAAGCAGAUGUCGGGAGAGACCCUCAACUUCUAGCCAGCUCUUCCAACGCCAAAUGCAAUUGUCGGGUGCUGUCGAGCUAGUAGUACAGCAUCUCUGUGGGAAUAGUUGAGCAAGAAACCGAUUGAGAAGAUGGUGGAAGCAUGCAAAGUAACUCAUAAGUUUUUUUAUGUUAAAUAAUGUUCUAGGAUGUUUAGACUUUUUGCAAGUCAUCUGGAAACCUCUUUUACUUUUUAGACGGUUGUAAACCACAGGUAAAGUUAAUUGCUUUUUGUUUUCAUUCUUACUAUUUCUGUUUGUAACGUUUGUUAUGCAUAUAAUAAAGUAGUCAUUAAGAAA